UGGGGAGAGAAAAAGGAGACGAAGACUAGAGAGAAACUCAGCUCAUACUUCCCUUCAUUUCCAUCUUCUCUCUCUGAAUAAUCCGCUGUUGAUUCCUCCGUUUCUCUCUCUAGAGCUGUCCUUCUCCGAAUCUGUCGUUUCCCUCUCCAUCACUGCGUGUUUCAUGUGCAAACGUAAGCAGGAUUGUGAGAAGCGAGGGAAAUUUCACCGAGCUCCGUUGCGAGCGAGAACAGUCUAGGCUCUUGGCUCUCGAUUGAGGUGUUGGUCUGCGAGCUUGAGGGUGGAAAUGCUAAUGCAGUAGAUAUAAGAAGAUUGUUGAGGUUUCUUGCUGCAGAUUGCAUUGGUGAACACUAAAGAAGAAAAUGUUGGAGGCUCCCAAGUUUACUGGAAUUGUAGGCCUAAACAACAAUAAUAAUGACAAUUAUGUCAUGCAUUUUUAUCACAAGCUCAAUGAGGGAUCAAAUAUGUCGACCGAAAGUUAUGGGAGCUUGCAGAUGAGCAAUGGUGGAGGCUCGGUUGCGAUGUCAGUAGACAACAGCAGUGUUGGGUCGAAUGAUUCCCACACUCGUAUCUUGGGUCACAAUGGCCUCAGGCAUGUCAAAGACUAUUCUGUUGCUGCCAGUGUCAAUCAUGGGAGAGCUUCUCAUGGGCUGAGUGAUGAUGCCCUCGCUCAAGCUCUGAUGGAUCCUCGAUAUCCUACUGAAGGACUUGGAAAUUAUGAUGACUGGACAAUUGACCUGAGAAAGCUCAACAUGGGACCUGCUUUUGCUCAGGGUGCUUUUGGGAAGCUCUACAGAGGCACAUAUAAUGGUGAUGAUGUUGCAAUUAAGCUUUUGGAAAGGCCAGAGAAUGACCCGGAGAGGGCACAAUUGAUGGAGCAGCAGUUUCAACAAGAAGUAAUGAUGUUGGCUACGCUUAAACACCCAAAUAUUGUUCGCUUCAUUGGCGCAUGCAGAAAGCCCAUGGUCUGGUGUAUCGUGACAGAAUACGCCAAGGGAGGGUCAGUACGCCAGUUCUUGACAAAACGUCAGAAUCGUGCAGUGCCCUUGAAAUUGGCUGUCAAGCAGGCCUUAGAUGUGGCUAGGGGGAUGGCAUAUGUUCAUGGAUUGAAUUUGAUUCACCGGGACUUGAAAUCUGACAAUCUUCUGAUUGCUGCUGACAAGUCUAUUAAGAUUGCUGAUUUUGGUGUAGCUCGUAUUGAAGUACAGACAGAAGGAAUGACACCAGAAACAGGCACAUACCGUUGGAUGGCCCCAGAAAUGAUCCAACACCGGCCUUAUACCCAAAAGGUCGAUGUAUACAGCUUUGGGAUUGUCCUGUGGGAGCUAAUCACAGGGAUGCUCCCGUUCCAGAACAUGACUGCCGUUCAGGCAGCAUUCGCUGUUGUGAACAAAGGUGUCCGGCCAACUAUCCCCAACGAGUGCCUGCCUGCUCUGAGCCAGAUCAUGACGCUCUGCUGGGAUGGCAAUCCUGAUGUUAGGCCGUCCUUCAGCGAGGUGGUGAGAAUGCUCGAGGCUGCAGAGACGGAGAUCAUGACUACUGUGAGAAAGGCUCGUUUCCGGUGCUGUAUGAGCCAGCCGAUGACUACAGAUUGAUGCAGAGAACAAAUUAGAAGUGUUGAAAAAAACAACAUAUAAUUAAGAAUUGGAAAAAAAGGUGACUGAUUUUGUGUCAGGUUUAUGUAUUUAUGAUCAGGCUAAAUCUCUUUCCUGGGCUACAGCUGAGGAGAGGAAGUUUAUGAUAAUUACUGCUUUGUUUUGAUUUUUAACUGUGGAUUUAAGAUACUAUUUUUAGUGGUAAUAUAGAUCUCAUGUGUAUUUAUGCA